AUGUUUCUGUUCCUAUCUAUCUAUCUAUCUAUCUAUCUAUCUAUCUAUCUCUUCCUUCAUAUCUAUCUAUCUAUCUAUCUAUCUAUCUAUCUAUCUAUCUAUCUAUAUAUAUAUAUAUAUAUAUAUAUAUAUAUAUAUAUUUCUGUGCAUAUCUAUCUAUCUUUCAUUCUAUUAUCUAUCUAUCUAUCUAUAUAUAUAUAUAUAUAUAUAUAUAUAUAUCUAUCUAUGUUUCUAUCUAUCUAUCUAUCUAUCUAUCUAUCUAUCUAUGUUUUUUUUUUCAUAUCUAUCGAUCUAUCUAUCUAUCUAUUUUUCCUACGCUUGAGAAAUUUUGUGUUUACUUCCAUUUUAUUUCAUGUUUUUUUUUUAUCCGUGUUUGUCCAAUUUGUCAAUCUGUCAAUAUCUCGUGAUUUUAAUAUUUUCAUCUAUCUUUCAAUCCCUCUUUUUCACAAUCUAUCUAUCUAUCUAUCUAUCUAUCUAUCUAUCUAUCUAUCUAUCUAUCGUUUGUUCAUAUCUAUCUAA